AGCCCGUGUUGGGCGUGGGACAGGCAGGCGGGUGCCGCGGGAGGGCACGUUUGCGCGCCGUGGUCCCCUUCCCUAAAGCCCGAGAAAGGCCCCGAACACAGCCCCACCCCAGCGCCCCGGAAGCCGCGAGCGGUCGUGCGGGUGGAGUGUGCGGCGCGGGGUGUCCCCUCGUAACCGGCCACGUAAAUCUCCGUGGUGACGCCUAGCUACCAUCGCUUUGCUUCCCCAUGCCUUUAGGUCCCAGAGAGUGAAGGCUUAAUUCCAAGGUCAUGGCAAAACACCUGAAGUUCAUUGCCAGGACUGUGAUGGUGCAGGAAGGGAACGUGGAAGGUGCAUACAGGACCCUAAACAGAAUCCUCACCAUGGAUGGGCUCAUUGAGGAUAUCAAGCGACGCCGGUACUAUGAGAAGCCUUGCCGCCGACGACAGAGGGAAAGCUAUGAAACCUGCCGGAGGAUCUACAACAUGGAAAUGACUCGCAAGAUCAACUUUUUGAUGCGAAAGAAUCGGGCAGAUCCAUGGCAAGGCUGCUAAGGCCUGUGGAUAGUAGGAAAACACCUAUCUGGUUGUAUCUCCAUCUCUUUUCUUUCUGCAACCCCAUUUCUUGCAAUAAACUCAAUCAUAUAUAUA